AUGUCCUCCCCAACCCGCCAGCGCAGCCCCCAAAAGUUGACUCCCCGUCGCAGCACAUCACAACCGCCCAAAAACAACAAUGCCGCGGCUGGCCAGCAAACGCCCAACGUCUCUAGAGCCUCUGCGCCCCCGUCCUCCACCACGCGCUUCUCCAUCCGUACGCCGGGCAACCAGGUGCUCGACUUCCGAUCGUCGCGCCAGGUGCUCUCCGCCUCAGGCCGCAAAGGAGCAGGCAGCGCUGUCCCUACCCAGUUCACCCCCCACGGCCGCGCCGCCAUCCGCGCCCUUGAUUCCCGCCGCGCCGCCAUCAACGAGAUCAACACACCCGGUCGGAACCGCCGGCGGUCCGUACGCGACCAGAGAGAGACGCCGCGAGAUCUGUUGCGAGCCCUGAGUCGAACCCUGGCGCCCAAGUCCAAUGUGAUUACGACAUCGUCGAGCUCAUCGCCAGAUGACCCCAACAACAGUGGCACACGCAAGCGGAGCGGCCGCAGCCGGAGCCGAGGCAGAAAAGGCGGGCCGGUUACGAUACCUGAAGACCCGGAUGAUAGCGAUGAGUUCCCCAUUGAUAAGCCACGACUGUCCCUCCCGAUCGACGACGUUAGUGACGAUGAUCUCCGACCGCCGAGGACGUCCGGGCUAGAAGAUCUCGAGGACAACUUCACAAUGCAGAGCAUAGAGCUGGCCCGCAGGCAGACUUUGGACAACCAACGGUAUUCAAUGCGUAUGAGUGACUACGGACCUAUGAACGACCCUCCGAGCGAUGAAGAUGUCGGUAUCGAUUCGGCCUUCUUCCCCCGGACCAAUUGGGAUGAUGACGUGGGUGACGAUUCUGGCAUGGCUGGCCUGGGCGAUGACGACGCUACGCUCGAGAGGAUCGACGACGACGAGGCUGGUCGCCGAGAAACGUUGGGAAGGGAGAGUUUUGGGGCCAUUGACGUUAAUUUCGACGAGGCCGAUCAGAGUACUGUCAUGUUACAGCCACAGGUCGAAUCAAGUCCCAGGAGAGAAAGCUUCUCGUCCCCGCGAAACGAGCCUUUUGCAAUGGGGGAUGAUCCUAUGCCGGAAGACAUGGAUGUUGACGACAAUGACAACGCCCCGCUGGACCUGGGCGACGAAGGUGAAGGCGACGAUGAUAUCGAUCUCGGCGACUUGGCCUCGGAAGCAGCCACCGCGGCAGCGGUCGAACGGACGACCAAGCAAGCAGUAUCAAAACGGCUCAAGAAGCCUGGCAAAAAGAUAUCCCAGCAUGGCAUCGAGUACCCUUCGCUUCCUCCAGGAGUCGUCAAGAGAGUCGCGCAACGAUUUGCCGGCAAGACCAAGAUUUCCCCAGACACCUUAGCAGCCUUGAUGCAAGCGUCCGACUGGUUCUUCGAGCAGCUGGGAGACGACCUGUCCGCAUACGCCAAGCAUGCGGGGCGAAAGACCAUCGAGGAGAGUGAUAUGUUGACUCUGAUGAGAAGACAACGGCAGAUCAAUGCUACUACGACGCCGUUUGCGCUCGCACAGCGUCAUCUGCCACGGGAGCUCCUACAAGAGCUUCGCAUGCCUCCUCCGGGACGAGUCAAGACGAAGAAGCGCCGCAGGACUCCAUCGGUUGGCGCGGAUGGGGGUGUCACUUGA